AUGAGUAGGCAUCAAGAAGUGGCCGAUGUUGUCAUUAUUGGUGGUGGACCCGCUGGUUUUGCCGCUGCCUGUAAACUCAAACAGAUGGCCAACUUGGACAACCGUCCAGACUUUCGUGUUGUUAUCUUAGAGAAAGCUGCAUAUAUCGCACAGCUUUCCGGUUCCUCUUCUUCCAGGUUAAUUGCCGAAUUUUCGACAAAACUCUUAGGUCUCCCUAUGCGAAAUGAGGGUAACUUUAUUGUUCGUUUGGGACAUCUUGUUGCCUGGAUGGGGCAGCAGGCCGAAGAUCUAGGUGUGGAGGUCUAUCCUGGUACCGCUGCCUCCGAGGUUUUAUUUGGCAAAGAGGGUCAAGUCAUCGGUGUGGCUACAAACGAUGUUGGCAUAAAUAAAGACGGGUCACCGAAAGACACCUUUGAGCGUGGCAUGGAGAUUCUUGCUAAACAGACGAUUUUCGCUGAGGGUUGCCACGGUCAUUUAACUAAAAAGAUGAUUAAGAAGUUCAGUUUACGAGAAGACUCACGGCCUCAAACAUAUGGCAUUGGAUUCAAAGAGUUGUGGGAAAUCAAGGACUCAGCGUGGAGUCCAGGUCAUGUCGAACAUGGUAUAGGAUGGCCUAUGUCUAAUGAAAACUAUGGUGGCUACUUCAUUUAUCACUACGCUGGUGAAAGUCCGCUGAUUGCGUUUGGAUUUGUAAUAGGUCUUGAUUAUGAAAACCCGUAUCAGAACCCUUACAAGGAAUUCCAGCGCUUGAAACAGCAUCCACGCUUUGACAAACUCCUCAGUGGUGGCAACCGUGUGGCUUAUGGCGCGCGAGCACUAGCCGAGGGUGGCUCUCAGUCGAUACCCAAAUUGACUAUGCCUGGUGGCCUGCUGGUCGGUUGUACUGCAGGUUUUCUCAAUGUGCCAAAAAUCAAGGGUGUCCACAAUGCCUUGCGGUCCGGCCGAAUAGCAGCAGAGUCCGCGUAUAAGGACAUCUGCGGAGCUGAUGAUUCCCAUAAGCCUCUGGAAGUCCUUUCAUACCCCGUUGCCCUUAAGAAUUCAGUCGUUUGGCAGGAACUGUACAGUGUCCGCAACAUACGGCCCAGCAUGGAUGCUCUAGGGCUCGGCAUGUUUGGUUGCAUACUCUACACUGGCCUGAUUUGGUACUUCCUGCGGGGAAAGGAACCUUGGACUUUUAAGAUCAAAGAAGCCGACUCUAGUCGUCUGAAACCGGCAAAGGAGUGCAGACGUAUUGCUUAUCCGACUCCAGACGGCAAAAAAAGCUUCGACCUCCUCACCUCCGUGGCACUCACUGGAACCAAUCACGAUGCCAACGAACCUUCUCAUCUCACACUGUACGAUGACACCGUACCAGAGACUAUCAAUUUUCCAAUCUACGAUGGCCCCGAGCAACGCUUUUGUCCCGCAGGUGUUUAUGAAUACGUAAAUAUCGACGGUAAGCCAACUCUGCAGAUCAAUGCGCAGAAUUGUAUUCACUGCAAAACCUGUGACAUCAAGGAUGUAUCGCAGAACAUAAACUGGGUCAACCCACAAGGCGGCGAAGGUCCCGCCUACGAUGGCAUGUAG